ACACGCAGUGCGGCACUCGGAUGUCAGUGACACGUGCAUGGGAACAGAGAAAGAUGGCAGGGACAGCACGGCAUGACCGAGAGAUGGCGAUUCAGGCCAAGAAGAAGCUCACCACGGCCACUGACCCCAUUGAAAAACUGCGACUGCAGUGCCUGGCCCGGGGUUCUGCUGGCAUCAAAGGACUUGGCAGAGCAUUUCGAAUUAUGGAUGACAACAACAACCGAACCCUUGAUUUCAAAGAGUUUGUGAAAGGGUUAAACGAUUACGCGGUGGUCAUGGAAAAGGAAGAGGCGGAAGAGCUUUUCCGGAGGUUUGAUAAAGAUGGAAAUGGAGUGAUAGACUUCAAUGAAUUUCUUCUCACAUUAAGACCUCCGAUGUCUAGAGCCAGAAAAGAGGUAAUUAUGCAAGCUUUUAGAAAGUUAGACAAGACUGGAGAUGGUGUUAUAACCAUUGAAGACCUUCGUGAGAUGUAUAACGCAAAACACCACCCAAAGUACCAAAAUGGAGAAUGGUCAGAGGAACAAGUAUUCCGGAAAUUUCUGGAUAACUUUGAUUCUCCUUAUGAGAAAGAUGGAGUGGUGACCCCCGAGGAGUUUAUGAACUACUAUGCAGGUGUAAGUGCAUCCAUUGACACUGAUGUGUACUUCAUCGUCAUGAUGAGAACUGCCUGGAAGCUCUAA